AUAAAAAUUAAGAAAGAGAAUUAUUAUCAGAACUUGGACAAAAGAGAUGAGCCCACACCACUCUGACUCCACACAAUCACACACAAACUCCCAACUGUUGUUGUCUGUCUAGUGAAGAAAGACUGAGAAGACAAUUCAGACCCAAAAAAAGACUGAGAAGACAAGCUUCUUCUUCCUUCUUUCUCUUUGCCAAAUUUCCCCUCCCAGUGUUUGCUAAAUCUUCGUCAAUCCAAAACCCAACCCAAUUCAAGUUAUUCAACCCUCAUAACCCUAAAUUUCAAUCCCAAUUAUGAUCUCAAAUCUCAAGUCUCAGCCCUGGAAAAGUAUUGUGCCGUAAGAUCCAAUCACUCGAAUUUAAUCCACCUUGGCGAUCUCUGAUAUACGACUGUCUAAAAGGCUGCAACUUUCUCGGGAAACAAACGGGUUCCGUAUUGGCCCUUCAGAUUUGGAACUGGUAGAGAAUAAUGAGGAGGAGAGCCGUGGACUUUCGGAGGCCCCUGAGGAGGCGGUUUCCCAAUGCCUUGUGGUGGGUACUGUGUGGGUUUGCGGUUUUGCUCUUCAUUUUCACUUUGAGCAGAGGAAAUCAGAUGGAGUCCGGGCCUGUCAUUCCCACGAGAUACAGGAAUGAUAGACUUAUGGAAGGCCUUAACAUUACCAAAGAAAUGUUGAAUCCCAACUCAGUUUCCAGGCAACUCAAUGACCAAAUUGCUCUGGCAAAAGCUUUUGUUGUGAUUGCCAAAGAAAGCAACAACCUUCAAUUUGCUUGGGAAUUAAGUGCUCAGAUUCGCAUUUCACAGAUCCUACUGUCAAAUGCUGCAACCAGGCGAAUUCCUUUGACAAUUAGAGAAUCGGAAAAUGCAAUUCGCGAUAUGGCACUAAUACUGUACCAAGCACAGCAGCUCCAUUAUGAUAGUGCAACCAUGAUCAUGAGACUGAAAGCCAAAAUCCAAGCUCUGGAAGAACAGAUGAGUUCUGUGAGUGAGAAAAGUUCAAAAUAUGGACAAAUAGCUGCUGAAGAAGUCCCAAAAAGUCUUUACUGUCUUGGUAUUCAGUUGACUGGUGAAUGGUUCAGAAACUCAAAUCUACAGAGGAAAACCAAGGACAGAAAGCAAAUAGACAUGAAACUGAAGGAUAACAAUCUCUAUCAUUUCUGUGUCUUCUCUGACAACAUCCUAGCAACUUCAGUUGUGGUCAAUUCAACUUCUAUAAAUUCCAAAAGUCCAGAUAAGAUUGUCUUCCAUCUCGUAACUGAUGAAAUCAACUAUGCUGCAAUGAAGGCCUGGUUUUCUAUAAACAGCUUCAGAGGAGUGGUCGUUGAUGUUCAAAAAUUUGCGGAUUUUACAUGGUUAAAUGCUUCUUAUGUUCCCGUACUUAAGCAGCUCCAAGACUCUGAAACUCAAAGUUAUUAUUUUUCUGGAAAUAAUGAUGAUGGCCGGACACCAAUCAAGUUUCGGAACCCAAAAUAUCUUUCUAUGCUUAAUCAUCUGAGGUUUUAUAUUCCAGAAGUUUUUCCUGCCCUGAAGAAGGUGGUGUUUUUGGAUGAUGAUGUUGUGGUUCAGAAGGAUGUGUCUGAUCUGUUCUCUAUUGAUUUGAAUGGUAAUGUUAACGGAGCAGUGGAGACAUGCAUGGAGACAUUUCACAGAUACCAUAAAUAUCUGAAUUACUCUCACCCUCUCAUAAGAGCACAUUUUGACCCUGAUGCAUGUGGAUGGGCGUUUGGGAUGAAUGUUUUUGAUUUGGUUCAGUGGAGGAAGAGGAAUGUCACUGGUAUCUACCACUACUGGCAGGAAAGAAAUGUAGAUCGAACAUUGUGGAAACUUGGCACAUUGCCACCUGGAUUGUUGACGUUCUACGGAUUGACAGAGCCUUUGGAUCCCUCGUGGCAUAUUCUGGGUUUAGGCUACACAAAUGUUGAUCCUCAUUUGAUAGAGAAAGGAGCUGUGCUGCACUACAACGGAAACUCGAAACCAUGGUUGAAGAUUGGGAUGGAAAAGUACAAGCCCCUUUGGGAGAAAUACGUUGAUUAUAGCCACCCCUUAUUACAAAGAUGCAAUUUCCACUGAUUUCAGACACAGAAGUUUCUACUCUAUCACGGCGGAGUUGGUGGGUAAAGGAGAGAUGUAGCCUUUUUGAGGUCAUGAAUGCUUGCAUGAUGAUUUUGCAAGAUCAAGCAUGGGGAUUGGUUGUAAGAUGGGUAGUGUUUAUUUGAUCGUGUUGUAGUAUAGAUGAUUUACUUCAUUAUAAGUCAUUCAGAAUUGUUAAUGCUAACCACUAUUCUUGAAUAACUGUUUUUUUAUUGCAGUAUCUGUGGUAUAGGUUGAACUGUACAACCUUGGUAGUUUGUAGUAUCCUUUUGAUUUGGUCUCUUUUGCAAUACGUAGA